AUCGAUUUUUCUUUUACGAAUUUCUUAUCUGCGAGCAUAACUAAACCAGCAGUCAAGAGCUUCAAAUUUCAGUGUAAUAUUGUGCUCAUAAAAUGUCAAAUUAGUGCCAAAUCUACAUAUCAGUGCCGAAAAGUGUAGCAUACUCUACGGCUGUAAAACCCAUUAACCUGCCACCCCAACUCCCAAGCCAAGAGCAGUUGUUGCUUUACAUAGGUGACAAAUAGUCAAGCCAACGUGCACGUACACACACAUAGCCUACAUCUAUAUCCCUUGCCUUACACACGCUCUCCGCUCUACAAGUGAUUUUCGAACACAUACACACGUGCACACACAUUUUCAAGCGCUUCAACUCACUUUCCCCUUAGCAUCAGCAACAUAGGGCUCGCAGAGACUGCCGUACUGGAUAUUAUGGCUGCUAAUCUACAACAGCAGCGCAGCAUUAACGAACAGCUGCGACGCGAAGCGGAUGUACCGCGUAUACAGGUGUCACAGGCCUGUCAGCUGAUGAUUAAGUAUGUGCUGGAGCACGGGAGCGAUGAUUGUCUGCUGAAUGGGUUUGUUAGCCAAAAGGUGAAUCCAUUUCGAGAGAAGAACUCGUGUAGUAUUUUGUAAGUGGAGACAUUUUUGAAUGCAAGCCAAAAUUUGGAAUAUUUCUGCGCAUAUGUUUUAGAAGGCAGAGUCUUAAAAAAAAUAAAAAAAAAAAAUAAAACUAUAUACAUACAUAUAUACGUGCAUUGUUCCUGAAGUAGUAUUCAGUAUUUAGCUGGGAUAGAAGAUAUUUAGCCUCUCACACUGAAUUAUAUGUAUAUUAAUCAAAAUGUCUAUUUUGUAUUUUAAAAAUGAGCUGCAGUCCUAAAAAAUGUAUACGAAAUAAAUCUCAAUUAACUUGGAACUGUCCAAAAUGUAUAAAA